CGGUACAGAUGCACAGAAAUCCUGCACGCUUAGCUCGUUUACAUCGUAUGAGCCCUCUGAGACAACCUGGAGAGGAAACUUUGCGAAAACCGCCUCAACCACCAUAUAAAAACCGUAUAUUAUCCGAUAUCCCUGAAGAUAAGGUUAUAAAAUGUGCAUAGCUUUUUUUGCCCUCAUGGAACCCGACCGCAAAGCUCCCGGGGAUGCUCAGACAUCAGCUUUUGGUCCGCAGCAACCAAAGUCUAAUCAGCCCCCAAUUGAGUCGUGGCCAUACCGCUGCAGAUAGUAAGCGUGUCGGAACACCGAACCGCUAACGCCAUCACCAAACAUCCACAAAGGCUUGUGCGACAGGUCCACUCUGGCUAUUAAUACGCACCAUACAGCCACAUUUCAGUGUUCUUUCACACUGCCCAACCACCUGUUACGCACCCUAACAACCCAAUAUGUCUGCUAGAACCCCAUCCAGAUCAUACGAUAUGAUCAUGAAGCUAUUGCUUGUCGGUGACUCCGGCGUCGGCAAAUCGUGUCUCCUUCUCCGUUUCGUGGAAGACAAGUUCAAUCCGUCGUUCAUCACCACCAUUGGGAUCGACUUCAAGAUCCGCACCAUCGAGGUCAACGGUAAGAAGAUCAAGUUGCAGGUCUGGGACACCGCUGGCCAGGAGCGUUUCCGCACCAUCACCACCGCUUACUACCGUGGUGCCAUGGGGAUCAUCAUUGUCUACGACACGACUGACUCCCGCACGUUUGACAAUGUUGAAAACUGGUUUGCUACCGUGAACCAGCAUGCCAGCGAUGAGGCGCAGUUGAUGCUCGUGGGUAACAAGUGCGACGACUUGGAAAACAGACAGGUUCCGAGAGAAAAGGCGGUUGAGUUGGCCAAGAGAUUGAACAUUCCGUUUGUCGAGGCCAGUGCCAAGAGCAAUGAGAACGUGGACCAGGUCUUCUACGAGUUGGCCAAGUUGAUCCAGGAGAAUGUGGGCGAUGCGGUGGUUGAAACCAACAACGGUGUCAACGUUGCUUCAUCCAACGAUUCCACCAAGAGCAGCUGUUGUUAA